CAGGAUCCAGAUCACAGUACUCAGGACAGCGAGAUAAAAGAGAGGGAGACACUGCCGAGGUGAGAACGGUCAGAGGGACUCUAGCAGACGAGACGAGAACUGAGCAUGUGACCCUCACUGUGUGUUUCUCUCUCUCUUCCCCUGCUCGUCUUUCUGCAAGAAGCCACAACCACCACCACCAAACAGCACAAGAGUGAGCAUGUGACCCUCUUCUCUGUUUCUCUCAUUCCCUUCAUUCAUCACCUUGCUGGUCUCCCUCUUCGACCUCUGGCCUUGGCCAUGGCAUCCAGCGCCUCCCGGUUCAUCAAGUGCGUCACAGUGGGGGACGGCGCCGUGGGAAAGACCUGCAUGCUCAUCUGCUACACCAGCAACAAGUUCCCCACUGAUUACAUACCCACUGUCUUCGAUAACUUCAGUGCAAACGUGGUGGUCGACGGCACCACCGUGAAUUUGGGCCUUUGGGAUACUGCAGGGCAGGAAGAUUACAACAGAUUGAGGCCACUGAGCUACCGCGGAGCAGAUGUGUUCGUGCUCGCUUUCUCGCUUGUCAGCCGAGCUAGCUACGAGAAUGUUAUGAAGAAGUGGCUACCGGAGCUUCAGCAUUAUGCACCGGGUGUACCCAUAGUGUUGGCUGGAACUAAAUUGGAUCUUCGUGAAGAUAAGCACUACUUACUUGACCAUCCUGGCGCAGUACCUGUUACUACAGCACAGGGGGAGGAACUUCGCAAGCACAUUGGCGCAACUUGUUACAUCGAGUGCAGCUCAAAAACUCAGCAGAAUGUGAAAGCUGUGUUUGAUGCUGCCAUCAAGGUAGUAAUCCGGCCUCCGACCAAGCAGCGAGAAAGGAAGAAAAAGAAAGCACGGCGAGGAUGCUCAAUGUUUUGCAGCCGUAUCAUGCACACAAGGAGACUAGGAUGCUUCAAGUGAUCGAAGGCCGCCUUCGACGAUCACGUAGGUUUCUAAGAUGAAUCGAGAUCAUGUGUAGUUUGUCUCCAAGUUUCAAAGUGCUUGUUGCGCUUGCGCACUUGUGCUGGUAAUGUGUAUAUUUAGUCUUUACCAAUUGACUUUUAGGAGAUAUAUUAAGUACUUUGUUUAUGUACCAUUGGCUCAUAAUGAGCUGGGAAGUUCAAUACAUAUUAAGAAGUAACAAUAUUCUUUUUCUGGUAA